CUCUCGCUAUAAAUUACCCGCUUCUUGCACUUCCAAACAACCCCUAAAGAAACUACACCUUUUUUUUUUUCUGGUCAGCCCAAAAAAUACGUACUAUACUUGGAAGUAGCAAUAAACGGUCUUGAAAAUCGCUUUUGGUGAGGAGAUGUUUUAGCAACAACCUCUUCUAUUUAUUAGCGCAGUAGAACCAGAUCCCUUGGAGAGAGAGAGAGAGGAGAGAGAGAGAGGAGAUGGGUUUGCUGGACAAGCUUUGGGAUGACGUUAUGGCAGGACCUGUCCCUCACCAAGACCAUGGCCUCGGCAAGCUUAGAACGAUAAGUACCUUAAACAUCAAAGAGGGGGAAGGAGAGGGGAGCAAGCAGUUUCAGAGGUCCUUGUCGAUGCCGACGGGUCCCGAGACACCGACAUCGUUGCCGAUGACGCCGACGACUCCCUCACCGACGGCGCUGCGUAAAGAGAACGUGUGGAGGAGUGUGUUCAACCCGGGUAGCAACCUAGCCACCAAGGGUAUUGGUGGUGCGGUGUUUGACAAGCCGCACCCUAAAUCCCCUACUGUUUACGACUGGCUCUACAGUGGGGAGACCAAGAGCGAGCAUCGCGGAGGAUAAAGUUACUGAUUACUGGGUGCAUGUAAAUAGUGUUCUUUCAGGUUCCUUGCCCGCCACGUGUUGUGGUGGUUGGUUUGUGAUUAGUAUCAGUUGUAUUUCUCGUUUGAGUUUACUGCUCCAUGGUAGUAGUAAGCAAGCUUGUGGUGUUGUACACUGGCACGGUUUGAUGGUGUGAGUGAGUCGUCUGUAUAAUAUUGUCUGCCGUGGACGGUUGUGAUGAUCCUCCUCCUUUUACCAUCAUAUAAUAAAUGCUUUUAGUUUUUUGUUUUA